AUGUCUCAAUCAUUACGUCCUUAUCUAACUGCUGUUCGCCAUUCUUUAGAAGCUGCUCUCACUUUAUCUAAUUUUUCUUCACAAGAAGUAGAAAGACACAAUAGACCAGAGAUUGAAGUACCCAUUCAAAGUGCGGAAUUAUUGUUGCAACCUAUGCAUAUCUCGCGUAAUGAGCAUGAACAAGUAUUAAUUGAACCAUCAGUCAACUCUGUUCGUGUUAAUAUAAUGGUUAAACAAGCAGAUGAAAUUGAACAAAUUUUGGUCCACAAGUUCACAAGAUUCUUAGAACAACGUGCAGAAGCCUUCUAUAUUUUAAGAAGAGUUCCAAUAAAAGGAUACAGCAUUUCAUUUUUAAUAACUAAUAAGCAUACAGAAUCAAUGAAGAAUGGUAAGUUGAUAGAUUUUAUUAUUGAAUUUAUGGAAGAAGUUGACAAAGAAAUUAGUGAAAUGAAAUUGUUUUUAAAUGCAAGAGCUAGAUUUGUAGCUGAAGAAUAUUUGAGUGAAUUUGUUUACUAA